AUGGAGUCCAUGUGCGGCAAGUUUCCUUUGGCGAACCGACCCAAGUUGACUCGUCGCAAGAGGAAGAAUUUGAGCCUCACGCCCGGCGCGUCGAUCACUAUGCCUGAUAGGCCACGAAGAGGGGGGAGCUCCCCUACAACGGAGCCCGCAAAUACAUCGGAGGAGACGAUUACUGGUACAUCAUCUACUACCCAGGCCUCAUCCACAUUUCUUUCUGUUCCUGGCCCCCAUAGGAGGGCGAAGGGGACUAAGCAAAGUCGAAAGCGUGGUGGAAACCCUUAUAGUUGGAUGUCUUCUGAUGAUAACCCUUCGUCUCCAACAACUGAUGAGGCCCUUCCCAUCACUCCUCACUCGGAUAUGUCUUCAACUUUCUCGGCAUCUCCUCCGCUGUCAGCUCGACCACUGCAGUCGCCCGUAUUUGGACGAAGAAAUGCAAUAUCCGCUGGCCCUCGUGGGGCACAGAUUGGGUUUCUUCCCGAAGGUCGCAGCUAUAGCCCAGCUGGUGGGCCUCUGGUCCCAACUAGUACUUGGCCUCAAAUGACGGGGGGACCAAGUCAUUUUCCUGCUAUGUCAUUCGAUGGGCUUGCUCAUACACAGUCUGACGGUGCCCUUUCUACCCAUAGUCGGGUCCUCGAUCAACGUAUAGGUGCUGAGUACAAUCAACCUAAUCUUGGGUUGCCUCAAAAUAUUCUGCCCUAUGAUAUCAGCCAAUCAUCAUCUUAUUCAACGACUUUUAUGAGGCCUGUCGUACCCGGCCAAUCUUGUCAACUUUUUGAUCAGCCAUCCGGAGAUCGUACUGAGCCCUCCCUGCCUACUCAGACCUUCAUUUGGCAGGAUUUCACGUCAAACCAUCCGCCUAUCAACGGGGCCGAAAAUCAUCGUAUCACCAAUAGUAAUUUCGAUCCAGAACUACCCAAUGCUAUGCUUCCUCCCAACAUAGUUACAACAGGUUACGGCGGAUCGUAUGUCAAUGUGAAUUCACCCAAUCCAGAGUUCAGUUCCUCGAGACUUUCGACUGAAUCUAUGGCUACAUUUAUGGCCGGCCCGGAUACCGAGAGUCCUUCGCAGGGUAUUUCUAUGGGUCCUUACCAAGUGCCCACUCCUUCAUCGCACGAGAACGUACAUUCUCUUGCCUCUUUGGCGUUCAAACGCUUUUAA